AUGGAUCGUAACACUUUUGGGCGCUUGUGCCACCUUUUAAAAGAGCGGGGUGGGUUGCGUGUGGGUCAAUUUGUCGGGGUGGAAGAACAAGUUGCUAUAUUCGUUGGUGUUCUUGCACACCACAAGAAGAAUCGGUGUGUAGGUUAUGAAUUUUGGAGGUCUGGAGCCACCAUCUCUCUGUACAUGCACAAAGUGUUAGGUGCUGUUCUGAACUUGCAUGAUGUUUUGCUAGUCAAACCGACUCCAGUCACUGAUGACUGCAACGAUAGUCGAUGGAAAUGGUUUAAGGGUUGCCUUGGUGCUUUGGACGGUACGCACAUUAAUGUCUUAGUUAGUAACACAGAUAAACCGCGAUUUCGUUCUAGGAAGGGGCAAAUAUCAACAAACACCCUUGCUGUCUGUGAUCGGAACAUGCAAUUUGUCUAUGCCUUACCUGGAUGGGAGGGAUCAGCGGGCGACUCUCGAGUUUUGCGGGAUGCCGUGUCACGUGUGAACGGCUUGAAGGUCCCAAAAGGGUACUAUUAUUUGUGUGACAACGGAUACGCAAAUAGUGAUGGAUUUUUGACACCCUUCAGAGGAGUACGAUACCAUCUAAAAGAAUGGGGUCCGGGCGCUGAGUCACCACAAAAUGCCAUCGAGCUAUUCAACAUGCGCCACACGAAAGCAAGGAAUGUCAUUGAGAGAGCGUUCGCAGUCCUUAAGAUGCGGUGGGGGAUUCUUCGAAUUUCAAAUAUCAGAGAACUGAGACGAUGGAUGGGAUCCCUGACUGCUCCUGUGGCCAUGGGAAGAUGGACCUUCGCCGCGCCGGGGUGUCUGCAAUGA